CAGCGAGAAUCAGUUCCAGUCGCGAAAACCCUCGAGAAAUCCUCCUCCGCUUUUCGCGAGCCAGAGAGAGAGAGAGAGAGAGAGAGAGAGAUGGGGAAGAGAGUGAGAGGCGGCGGCGGCCGCCCUCCUUCGCACGAACUCCUCCGCCGCAUCCAAGCCUGCAAUUUCGACACAUAUAACGUCGAGCAAAUCGUCGAACGCCUUCGCUUCAAGCAUCCCGAAUACCGCCGCAUGAAGCAACAGCCCUUCAAUAGGCUCGUCACUCAAACCCUAGAAUUCCAGAAACAGAGGAAGAAAAACCUCUCUUCCCCCACCAACACUACUGCCGUCGACAACGAAGAUGCAGAUGAUGACGACAACAACAACAACACCAGCAACAAUCCCUUCCGCAGCCCUGCCCGUAAAAAGCCCAAGAAAUCCGACCUUGACGAAGAACGCCUCCUCCGUACUGAAGGUGAAUUCCUCCACAGGAGAAACAAGCAACGGAUUCCAUCAUCGUCCUCGUCAUCGUCAUCUUCAACGGGGGACGAAGAGGACGGAGCUGUUUCGACUUCCGAUGAUGCAAUCUAUGGAAUGAAGCUGGAUCCGGAAUUUGAUCUGAUGAAGUCGAUGCUACGGUCAAAUUACAGCGCUCCGAAGCCUGCUGUCGUGGCGAAGAAAGCAAAAGAAGAGAAGAAUAUGGAAGUAGAGGUCGUUGAUAAGGCAAGAAAGAUUGUUUCGCCGGAUGAGGUGAAAAAUGGUUUGGAUGGGAUGGAAUUGAAGAGCAGUGGCAACGGGGGUGGGGAUUUUGAAAUCAAGGGACGAGAUGGACCGAGGUUCCGGAAUUUCGGAGGGAUUAAAGGUGUUCUGGAUGAGUUGAUGAUGGAGGUGAUCGUUCCACUUUACCAUCCGCAGCUGCCGCGGUGGUUGGGUGUUCGCCCGAUGGCUGGGAUUCUCUUGCAUGGGCCACCUGGCUGCGGGAAAACAAAGCUUGCCCAUGCGAUUGCCAAUGAGACAGGAGUGCCAUUUUACAAGAUUUCUGCAACUGAAGUUGUCUCUGGUGUCUCAGGGGCGUCUGAAGAGAAUAUACGUGACCUUUUCUCUAAGGCAUACAGGACUGCCCCUUCAAUUGUAUUCAUUGAUGAGAUUGAUGCCAUCGCUUCAAAGAGGGAAAAUUUGCAGAGGGAGAUGGAAAGGCGGAUUGUAACGCAACUGAUGACUUGCAUGGACGAGUCACACCAGACUCUUGGUUCAGUUGAUGAAGAUUCAGAAUCAUCUGAGAAAAGACCUGGAUAUGUUCUUGUAAUUGGAGCCACAAACAGACCUGAUGCUGUUGAUCCUGCCUUAAGGAGGCCUGGGCGAUUUGACCGAGAGAUUGUUUUGGGUGUCCCAGAUGAAAAUGCCCGGGUGGAGAUCCUGUCUGUGCUUACGCAAAACCUUAGACUUGAGGGCACUUUUGAUCUGCUGAAAAUAGCCAGGUCUACACCUGGCUUUGUUGGUGCUGAUCUGGCAGCACUGGCGAACAAGGCAGGAAACCUAGCAAUGAAGAGAAUAAUAGAUAGAAGGAAGCGUGAGCUCUCUAUAGACAUGGCAAACAAGGAGAAAAAUGAAGAUUGGUGGAGGCAGCCCUGGGUACCUGAAGAGAUGGAGAGUCUUAGCAUCACCAUGGCUGAUUUUGAGGAAGCAGCUAAGAUUGUUCAACCAUCUUCUAGAAGAGAAGGAUUCUCGACAAUACCUAAUGUUAAAUGGGAGGAUGUUGGAGCCCUCGAUUCUUUGAGAAAGGAGUUUGACCGUUAUAUUGUUAGGCGUAUAAAGCACCCUGAGGAUUAUGAGGAAUUUGGAGUGGAUUUGGAGACUGGCUUCUUGCUGUAUGGACCUCCAGGCUGUGGUAAAACACUGAUUGCCAAAGCUGUAGCAAAUGAGGCAGGUGCCAAUUUUAUACACAUCAAGGGUCCUGAACUUCUGAACAAGUAUGUUGGGGAAAGUGAGUUGGCAGUUCGAACAAUUUUUAGCCGUGCCCGUACAUGUGCUCCAUGUAUACUUUUCUUUGAUGAGGUGGAUGCUCUAACAACAAAACGUGGAAAAGAAGGGGGAUGGGUCGUCGAGCGGCUUCUGAACCAGCUGCUCAUAGAGCUAGAUGGUGCUGAACAGCGUCGGGGUGUUUAUGUUAUUGGUGCUACAAACAGACCUGAAGUGAUUGACCGUGCUGUCCUGCGACCAGGCAGAUUUGGGAAGCUUCUAUAUGUCCCUAUACCUGAUGACAUUGGACGUGGAUUAAUUCUAAAAGCCCAUGCUCGGAAGAAGCCUCUUGCUGCUGAUGUGGAUUUGUAUGCCAUUGGACGGAGCAAGGCAUGUGAAAAUCUAAGUGGGGCUGAUCUUGCCGCUUUGAUGAAUGAAGCUGCCAUGGCUGCCCUGGAAGAGAAGCAGAUGACAGAAUGUGAAGGCAGUUCAGAUAUGAGACCAUGGGUUAUUAUGGCAUCACAUUUUGAGCAAGCAUUGAAGAAGAUCUCCCCAUCCGUCUCCAACAAGCAAAAGAGCUACUAUGAGGUCCUCUCGCAGAGCUUCUGCACAGCUUGAGAGGAGAAUCCCGAUGCAUACAAUAUUCUUUUUCUUGACUUGGUUGAGGCUGUUUUGGCAAAGCUGCCGGUGAUCAGCCCACUGUACUGGAGCAGGGAAGAUGUGCAUAAUAAUGUAAUGGCAUAUUGGGUUAUAGUAUUAUGGUCUCUACCUCUUAACAACCACAACAGGUAUAUAGAAACAGAAAAAGAGAGUGAGAUGGCGGCUGAUUUGGAUGUUGAAAGCGAGUUAUUUGCUCUUUGUAGGUCCCAUUUGGUAGUCUGCCUUCUGAGCUGCAGCAACAACAUUGGUGGCAGAAAUAAGUGGGCAUAUGAAGCGUUAUCCCAUCCUACCAGUUUUGUAUUCAAGGUGGGUCUUGCUUGGGAUUGGAGCACUUAGACUGUGUGAUUUACCCCUUUAUUUAUGCAUGUUAUUUAUGUAUAUUAGUGAACUGCAAUUUGUUUUUGAAAUGUAGGAACAAAAUGGAGUGGCUAA